AUGAAGCACGACUCAAAUUCUGUUACUGGAUUUUGGACCAUCGGUGUGCUGGCUGAUGUUGAGAACAGGAUGGACGUCCUGCUCUGGUUCUGUUUGCGUUUUAUCUUUGAGAAGAUGAGUGAUUUGGAAGAAGACGAGGACAGAGCAGAGUCUCCAGGAUCUGUCUGUCUGUCCAUGAAGAGUGAUUGGUCCAAAGACUAUCCUCCAGAGUUCAGGAGUGAACCUGAACCUUCGGACACACAAUGUCAGCAGCACCAACAGAGAGCAAAGUCUUCAGCAUCCGUCUGUCCGUCCAUGAAGAGUGACUGGUCCAAAGACCAUCCUCCAGAGUUCAGGAAUGAACCUGAACCCUCAGACACAAUUGUUGAGUUUCCAACGCAGAGGAAGAAGCACAAGUACCAGGAGGGACAUGAGACGAGUCCACAGGAGCUGACGGAGGCUGACAGGGAAGUUCUUCUGAAGCUGGGGAGGCUGGCCUUUGAACAUCUGGAGAAAGGAAACAUCAUGUUCUACCAAGAAGACCUGGAGCAGUGUGGUCUGGAUGUGACAGAGGCCUCGCUGUUGUCAGGAGUUUGUACACAGAUCUUCAGAAGAGAGUGUGUGAUGUUCCAGAAACCAGUCUACUGCUUUGUCCAUCUGAGCAUUCAGGAGUUUCUGGCUGCAGUCUACAUGUUCCACUGUUACACCAACAGCAACACUGAGGUGCUGAAGAAGUUCCUGGAAAAGGACUGUAAAAACAUAUCUCUGAAUGUCUUUCUGAGGAGAGUUGUGGAUAAAUCCCUCAGAAGUAGAAACGGUCACCUGGACCUGUUUGCUCGCUUCCUUCAUGGCCUCUGUCUGGAGUCCAACCAGAGACUCUUAGGAGGCCUUCUGGGUCAGACAGAGAACCGUCCAGAAAUCAUCCAGAAAGUCCUCAACCAUCUGAAGGAGAAGAAGACUAACAUGUCUCCAGAGAGAAGCAUCAACAUGUUCCACUGUCUGAUGGAGAUGAAGGAUCUGUCAGUACAUCAGGAGAUCCAAGAGUUCCUGAAGUCAGAGAACAGAUCAGAGAAGAAACUCUCUGAGAUCCACUGCUCAGCUCUGGCCUACAUGCUGCAGAUGUCAGAGGAGGUUCUGGAUGAGUUGGACGUAAAGAAGUACAACACAACAAAGCAGGGACGACUGAGACUGAUUCCAGCUGUGAGGAACUGCAGAAAGGCUUGCCUUUCUGACAUUGAACUCUUAGAGUCUCACUGUGAAGUUGUGGCCUCAGCUCUGAAGUCCAACCCCUCCCAUCUGAAACAUCUGGAGCUGAGUGACAACAAAGAACUGAAGGAUUCUGGAGUGAAGCAUCUGUGUGGUUUUCUGGAGAAUCCACACUGUAAACUGGAGACUCUGAGACUGUGGGACUGCAGGUUGUCAGAGAUCAGCUGUGAUUCUCUGAACUCAGCUCUGAAGUCCAACCCCUCCCAUCUGAAACAUCUGGAGCUGAGUCUCAACCAGCUGAAGGAUUCAGGAGUGAAGCAUCUGUGUGGUUUUCUGGAGAAUCCACACUGUAAACUGGAGACUCUGAGAUUGGAGAACUGCAGGUUGUCAGAGAUCAGCUGUGAUUCUCUGAACUCAGCUCUGAAGUCCAACCCCUCCCAUCUGAAACAUCUGGAGCUGAGCUGCAACCAGCUACAGGAUUCAGGAGUGAAG